AUGUCUGAUGACGAGGACUUCAUGCAGGAGUCUGACGAGGAGCAGUACGACUUCGAGUACGAGGAAGACGAUGACGAGGAGUCGGGUGACGUCGGCAUCGAAAACAAGUACUACAAUGCGAAGCAGCUCAAGCUUACCGACCCCGAGGAUGCGAUCACAGAGUUCCUGGGCAUACCGCCUUUAGAAGACGAAAAGGGCGAAUGGGGCUUCAAAGGACUGAAGCAGGCGAUAAAGCUUGAGUUCAAUCUGGGCCAGUACGAGAAGGCUACGGAACACUACGCCGAGCUCCUCACGUACGUCAAAUCAGCGGUCACAAGAAACUACUCCGAGAAGUCAAUCAACAACAUGCUAGACUACAUUGAGAAGGGAUCAGAUGGCCCCAAGGCGGUGGCGUGUGUCGAGAAGUUCUACUCGCUCACCCUCGAGAGCUUCCAGAGCACAAACAACGAGAGACUCUGGCUCAAGACCAACAUCAAGCUCGCAAAGCUUCUUCUCGACCGCAAGGACUAUAACACGGUAUCCAAGAAGCUCCGCGAUCUUCACAAGGCCUGUCAGAAGGAGGACGGUAGCGACGACCCCAGCAAGGGAACGUACUCUAUGGAAAUAUACGCGCUGGAGAUCCAGAUGCAUGCCGAGACGAAGAACAACAAGCAACUCAAACGGCUGUAUCAGCGUGCCUUGAAGGUUCGCUCCGCCGUCCCGCAUCCGAAGAUCAUGGGCAUCAUCCGCGAGUGCGGCGGCAAGAUGCACAUGAGUGAGGAGAACUGGGCAGAAGCCCAGACGGACUUCUUCGAAUCCUUCCGCAACUACGACGAGGCCGGCUCGCUUCAGCGCAUCCAGGUCCUCAAGUAUCUCUUGCUCACGACGAUGCUGGUCAAGUCGACCAUCAACCCCUUCGACUCACAGGAGACCAAGCCUUACAAGCAGGACCCGCGCAUCACGGCCAUGACGGACCUGGUGGAUGCCUACCAACGUGAUGAUGUCCACGCCUACGAGAACGUUCUCCAGAAGAACCAAGACAUCCUGGCCGACCCCUUCAUUGCUGAGAACAUUGACGAGGUCACGCGUAACAUGCGCACAAAGGGUGUCGUCAAGCUCAUCGCUCCCUACACGCGCAUGAAGCUCGCCUGGAUCGCGAAGCAGCUCAAGAUUUCACUGCCUGAGGUCCAAGACAUCCUCGGCUUCCUCAUUGUCGAUGGAAAGAUUGACGGCAAAAUCGAUCAGCAGGCAGGCACGCUCGAGAUCCAGUCGGACGCAGACAGCCAGCGCACCAAGGCCAUGUACGAGCUCACGCAGUCCGUCUCAAGUCUCUACACGACCAUGUUCAAGGACGGCGACGGCUUCAGGACCGCCGAGUUCCCUACUGAUGAUCAGAACAUGGACGUCAUGGGAGGGCUGACACCUAGAGCCGGUGGUCCCCGAGGAGCGCCGCGUGGAGCCGGACGUAAGGGUAAGGGCGUGUCGACUCAUUGGCAGACCUGA